UAAGCAAUGGUGGAAGAUAGGUGAAACUGUGCAGAAUUGACAAGGGUUCCGGUCGAUCAACAUCUUUAUAGCUUUUCAGGCUAUGAAAAAAGAAAUUAAGCUUCGCUAUGGCAUCUCCUUCAGCUGCUUCUUGCAUGCUUCUUUAGUCUGUGUUCUGCUGCUGUGCGGUGCCAGAUGCGAGACUUACACGGUAGGUGAUGAGGAUAAUUGGAGCAUUGGAGUCAACUAUCUCGCCUGGUCUACCAAGUACAACUUCACGGUUGAUGAUAUUUUGGUUUUCAAGUAUACAAAAGGGGAACAUAAUGUGUAUGAAGUGAGUGAGGCCACCUUUCGAUCUUGCGAUGCAAGCAGUGGAGUUGUGGCAAAAUACACAAGUGGAAGCGAUCAAAUUGAGCUCAAAGAAGCCAAGAAGUAUUGGUUUAUUUGUGACAUAUCUGGGCACUGUCUGGAUGGGAUGAGGUUUGGUGUCGAUGUAAGUCAAGCAGGCGCAGCCAGCAAUACUACUGCAUCAGGAACGUCUGCUUCAGCACCACUGCCAUCCACCAAUCCAAACCCAAAUAAUGCAUCCGAAAGAGGGACUUCUGUGAUUUACCUUCUUCUUGUACUUGAUUUACUAUUAAAAUUUUCUUGAUGAUGCAUGCUAAAUAUUUAUACUAGUAUGAUGUAGAGAACUUUUUUUUUAUUAGGGUAUGUAACUGAAAAGA